AUGAAUAUGGACAAUAACGCCUGGGUUUUUGACUCUUUAGUUGGUUUUCUACAUGGUCCCGUGUGGAAUGUUCCUUUACAAACAUUUAUUGAAGAAAAAUCUUUGCCUUUCGAACCUUCGGAUGAUGGAGAAGUUGUUGACAGGCCAGAUUAUAAGAAGAUACACGAUGAAUAUAGGAACUUGGUGGACGUGAUGCUUGGAUCGUUUAUGGAUGACAUCGGCAUCUCGGCUGAUCAAUUUGAAGCGGCAUGUCGCCUCUCAGCGAGUGAUUUAGCGGGACUUCCCACGUACUUUCACAAACGUCUAUUUGAGCAGAUAUGGGCCGCUAACGACUACGAAAUGUUCGUUAAAAUGAUGACACAUAAAAAUGUGGAAUUACAAUUGCAGGCUUUGGAUUUAAUUGAAAAACGAUACGGAACUAUGCCAAGUUUAUUCUCGUGUGACGGUGAAGAGCUGGACUCCUCACAAAGUGACGAAAGCGUCGAAUGGCCGGAUAACGAUGACGUCAUGAUUGAAAUUAAGAAACUGAAACUUGACGACUCGGAUACCGAUGAGGUUACAGUGCCACCAGAAGAGGUUAAGGCUGAAAAGCAAACUCUUCUGACGAAACUGCACAGUUUUGAGAAGAGAGAUGAUAUCAAAGUGGUAGAAACCCCCAAAGAAAAACCAAAAGUUAAGAUUCCAUUGGUCGUUGUACCGAAAAAGCCAGAGGUAUCGGAAGAAGAAAUAAAGGCACGACAAGAGUAUUUGAAACAACAGCGGGACAAGCUGUUGGCUUUAAAGAAGCAAGUUCGUGAAAAACAACUUGGCGCUGAAACUGAAGCGCUGUCUGGCGGUGGCGAAGGCACAGCAAAGUUCCAAAGGCCUAAAUCAGCUCGAAUGGCCCAAGCAGCUCUAUCUGGGUCAGCACCAGCUCCGUCUCCAGACGCAAUGCAGUUACGAAGGGCCCUCGCUACUAAACUUAAGACCGAAGUGGUGGAAAGCAGCCAUUAA